GGGAACUUCAACAGAUAACCCGUGCUGAGUGACCAGGGGAGCAGUAAACACUGAUUUUUUUCCAGCCACGUCUUCUGAUAACGGGCCAUUGAAGCUGGCGUGAUAUUUAAACAUGGACUGUACUGUGGAUCAUUACACAGCAGGCAUGCUGCUCAGUGGUGUAGGAGAUGCUCUGGGUUACAGGAAUCAGCUGUGGGAAUACAACCAAUCCGGCCCUGCCAUCCACCAGGAACUGCAAGAGCUAGGGGGGCUGAAAAACAUCUCUGUGGAGCUUCCUGAUUGGCCGGUUAGUGAUGACACAGUGCUUCACUUGGCAACCGCUGAGGCUCUAGCAACAGGAAAAGCAGGUGAGGAGCUACUGCAUGAGGUUGCUUUCCGAUAUGUGGAGGGAAUGAAGGACAUGGAAGGGAGGAAGCCAGGACCUUCAAGUAUUCUAGGUAUUGCACAGUUGCAUCCACGCACUGAAGGGGGUUACAGGGUGCCAUACAACCCAGAAGCCACAGGUUGUGGGGCAGCUAUGAGGUCCAUGUGCAUUGGCCUUAGAUAUCCUCGUCCUGAUCAGCUGUCCUUACUGGUUGAGGUUGCUGUGGAGACUGGAAGAAUGACCCAUCCUCAUCCAACAGGUUUCCUUGGAGCUGUGUCUGCAGCCUUGUUCACCACUUAUGCAGUCCAGCGAAGACCAAUCACAACCUGGGGUGCGGGUUUAUUGGAGGAGGCUUGUCCUGUCGCAAAAACACUUGUUAAGUCUGCAGGAUAUGCUGUUACAGAGACUGAGAGAGACUGGGACUACUUUACUGGAAAAUGGAAAUGGUAUUUGGAUCUAAGAGGAUUGUCUUUGGGGACUGGGCCAGUAACUUGGCCUGACAUGUAUGGGCCAGCAGAACGAGACGAGGCCUACAAGAGCUUCAGUCUGUCAGGUUGGGCUGGUCGAAGUGGUCAUGAUGCUCCAAUGAUCGCUCUGGAUGCCCUCUUAGGAGCAGGCUCAGACUGGGAGGAACUCAUGAGUCGAGCAGGAUUUCAUGGAGGAGACAGUGACAGCACUGCAGUGAUUGCCUGCUGCUGUUGGGGUCUGCUGUAUGGAAUGGAUGGAGUCCCCCAGUGUAACUAUAAAAAUCUGGAGUACAAGAGCCGACUGGAGAGUGUGGCACAAAAGCUGUAUGCUCUUUCUCACUGAUGAAGUAGAACUGUGAACAGAGAAAAUACAAAAAAAAGAAAUAAAUCACAUCGAAAAAAGAUGCCAUGCCAUAAAUUAACAAAUUUAUGUCACUAUGCUGAAUAUUUUAGAUCAGUGAAAAUGCUUUUUCAAAUAUAACACGUUUAAGGUAUGUUCACAAUGACAGAAAUUAAAUAUAUAACAUUUUGGAUGCAUUUGUUUGACUUCCCAGUUUUGAGCUUAAUCGGAAAUGAAAGAACUUAACCAUGCAACUGGAAAUGUAAAAUUAAUUUUUUGGUCUUUUUUUCUCCUUAAGGUGAUAUAUUUUAAA